UUACAUAUUUUUCACAUCUCUAGUAACAAACGGCAAUUUCUAUUUCUUUCGACGGGAAAAGAAAUACAAAAAUACGAUUAAAAAGCGGUCUUUUCUCGCCACACAAAGGAGAAGAGCCGCGCGGCUUCGUUCGCGUCGUAACGGGUCAAAAGCACGCUAUAUCUGGGGCUUUUCCCUGCAUUUUCCAAGGAGUUUUUCUUUCGCCGCAUCGCAUUCGCAGCAGCCGGAAAAACAGACACACGCACACCGCGGAGGCAAUGGAAAGCGAAAACGAAAACGCAUGUGUGUCGCUGAGAUAAAGGCGCAAAGGCGAAACGGCAAAAGAGGCGAACGAGUGGAGCUGGUGAAAUUGCGACAAAAACUUGAGCCGAGAUCCAAAAUUGCAUCUCAAGUUUUAGUACAAAGAGAAUAGCUGCGACUCUUACUCACACACACACACACUCACGCACGCAUACAUACACUGUUUUUGCCGUAUAAAACCAAUACAAAAACCAAAAACAACAACAACCAUGCAAUCUUUGCAAAGUAGUUAAAUAAUUCUGCCCUGUCUGCGCUUUAUUUCCUUCUUCAUUUUUGUUCUUCUCGUUUGUUUUUUUCGUACUUUCAACAAGUUUCUGUUUGUUGUUUCUGUUUUCCCCCUUUAAACACACACACACACACUCCCGUCUUCCGACGCGCAGUUCUUUUUUCGCUAAUACUUCAAAACAAAAACAAACACUGACGCACACGAACAAAUACCAGCACUUUUCGCCAUUUCCCUUUGUGUUGUUCCGUUGUGAUCGCGUGAAAAGGAGAAGAGGAGGGGAGGAGAGAGCGGGAUAGAGAGAGCGCGAGCCAGAAGCACCUGCAAGAAAGCGGCACGAGAUCGCCAGAAAAGCAGAAAAUCAUAAGAAGCAAAAGCGACCGGCUCCCCACUCACUUACACACACGUCUCGCGCGCACAUUGACACACACUUGUUGCAACGGAAGAGGAGAACGGGCAAAGGAGCGAUAAGAAGAGGAGCAUAAGGUGGGCGACGAGGAGAAGGAGAACAAGUGCCUAAGAAGACAACACCGCUCAUCUGCUAUCAGCGAAUACCACUGCAAAAAUGGUCAAGGAGAAGCCCAACUCAACUCGUAUCUACGACAAGGAUGGAUUCAGGCGACGGGCAGCCUGUAUUUGCGUGAAAUCGGAAAAUGAGGCGGAGGUACUUUUGGUCACCUCUUCUCGCCGACCGGAGUUGUGGAUUGUUCCUGGAGGCGGAGUAGAGCCUGAGGAAGAACCAUCGGUAACCGCUGUUCGUGAAGUUCUUGAGGAAGCUGGUGUCGUGGGCGAUCUGGGACGUUGUCUUGGCGUAUUCGAGAACAACGACCACAUGCAUCGCACCGAGGUGUUCGUGAUGAACGUUACCCAGGAGCUGGACGAGUGGGAGGAUUCGCGCAGCAUCGGUCGGAAGCGCCAGUGGUUCACCAUCGAUGAUGCCCUGUCGCAGUUGGCGCUGCACAAGCCGACGCAGCAGCACUACCUGAUGCAGCUGCAGCACUCCAAGACGCUGGACAAUACGAACCGCGUGGUGAAUGCCACGCAUCCGCCCAAGUUGACCAAUGCCGCCACACCGGCCGCGUCGCCCACAACGGCAUAAGGAGACACACAGAUGCAGGAAGCAGGAAGGCGGAUGAGAUACAACACUUAACCCGAGACUAAUCCAACACUUAUUCUAACCCCAUUACCUUACCAGAGCCGCAUACACAUAUUGACAUUUUUGGAAAUUUACAAAUAGACAGGCAGUCUUCUAGAUUCUAGAUUACGUUUAUUAAGCGAUACCUAUGUUAACCCGCAUCCCUCAUACGGCCCCCAUUUUGCGUUUAAGUUUAAGUCAAUGCGUUCAUUUAUGUCUUUAGUAACUGUAAUGAAAACUAUACUUAUGUGUACUCUAUAGAGAGGUGAAGAAAACAAAAAACAAAAAAAAAAAAAUAACGCUACUCGAUCAAUGCUUAGCGAUAACUACAUAAUUCGAGAUCUAUAACACGACACAGAAGCAACAGAAAACGAAAAAAAAGAACCUUUAAUAAUUUUUGAGCGAAUAGCACUUUUUGCAAACACGAAAAAGAAACUAAAACUAAAACUAGAUAAACUAAACAAAAAAAGAAAAGCAAAGGUAAUGAUAUCUAUUAGAUUUUUCUACUCUUUUUUAUAAUUUACUCAAAAAGUCAUCUUAAUUGAUUAUUGUAACAAGCAAAGCCAAUUGGAAACGCAAAAGGAACACUUGAUUAACUAAGCUAAGCGGCCUAAACAAUAAAUCGAAACCUCUUUAAGCGACUAACGAAA